UAUUUUUCUUCCUUAAUAUUGUUUUAGCGCACUUUAUAUGGAAUUGAGGGUUACCAAACAAUACUUUGAAGUUGAAGGCGAGGCGAAUUGGCGGAUACGGAUUUAGAACAAUGAUGCUUGGUAGUUUCGUUUUAAACCUAACGUCUUUUGUGAACACUAAUGGGUCGUGUUACGAUGACCUGUGUGUUUUGGAGAUCAGGAAAUGAUAAAUAUUAAGACAAAUAAAUUCGAAAGAGAAAACAUUCCUCAGAGAUGGAUUUAUAGCAAUGGCAUCAAAACUUUUGUCGACCGAUCAAGAAAACUUUAUCCAUCUUGGACAAGUUUGCAUAGACCUUUUAAAGAUAAUAUUAAAAGAUAUUCUGAAAAUUCAUAUUGAAUCCAAGAAAUUAUAUGCAGCAAUUUCUUCAUGUCCGACACUGACAACCGGAAAAUACCAAAUAAGAUCAGACCAGAAGAAGAUUUGUUUUAUUCCCCCGCCUUCUGUUCCUGACUAUGAGAAGUUUGAUGUGUCCUUAUUGUAUGCAUUGAUACGAAAUCUUUGCCCCAGCUUAAAACCAACACAGGGUUGGGGAAAAGAUCCAACAAGUACAGAUAUACAAAUUGGCGAUGACAUUGAGCGCCUUAGACUCUUUAGGAAUGGCAUGUUUGCACAUUUGGAUUCUACAGCCGUCCCAGAUACAGAGUUUACUACAGCAUGGAAUAACUUAAAAAUCAUAAUUCCCAGAACACAGGCAUUUGUUAGAUCAAAUGGGAUUAGCGCGGACUAUGAGAGAGAGCUAGAAAAUAUCGAGAGAUCUGAUUUCGGUUUAAGUGAUAUGGAGAAAUACAAAACCCUCUUGGAAGGAAUAUUAUGCAUUUUGAAGCGACAAGAAAAUGAAGAAUUUCCAAGGAUCGCAAUAAAUGGUGAAGACAAAGUAGUCUGUGGAAAGAUGGUGCUCCUUGAGGCUAAAGUACAGCAUCCUUCAAAGUCCCUUACCUGCACCAUUAUCUGGCAGAGAGUGAGACAUAAUGGCACAGAGCGGAUUGUAACUAGUGAAGAGAAAUACAAGGACAGCACCAGUAGAGAGCUGGUAAUCCAAAAAGUAUCAAAGGAAGACGAAGGCGAAUACCAAGCUGUUAUUCCAUGGGUGAUGGACGGGCAAACUCACAAUAUCACCAGCAAUACUAUCUUUCUAAGACCUCUAGGAGAGAAACCAACUUUAGAGAAACUUAAUGUUAAUACGGGAACAGUCGGGAUAACAUUAAAUUACAAGUAUAAGGUUUCACAAGAUUCUCCAGAAGUAGAUCACAUUGCAUGGACAAGGAAUGGAGAUGCUCUGAACAUAGACCAGAUAAAAUAUGUUGGUGGAGGUUUAUUGGACACAUACUUCAGCAUCACAUCCCCGACGUGUGAAGAUCGUGGUACAUAUACCUGUAUUGUGGGCAAUGCUGUCGGAAAUAUUGCAGAGUCUCUUUUGCUAGAUUUUCCAAAUGCAACAAUAUCAACUGAAAACUUCGUCGUCUAUGGAAAUGAAACACGGAUUGACUCAAAGUUAAUAUCCUGCCCACCUUGUGAAAGAGUGGUUUGGCAAAAGAGUUCAGAUUUACUUAGUCGACCAAAUAUUAUCUCUUGUAGUCCUGUAACAAAUAGAACGAAAAAAUCAGUUUCUUUGAGAUGUGAUGUCUUUCCUCCUGAAAACUCGCCUCCAUUAAAUGAAAUUGUAUGGAUGAAAAAUGAUAAAAUAAUAGACAUAGCCCAAAGUGGAGGGAAAUAUAUAGGAGGGACCAUUAAAGAUGCAACACUGGUCAUAAACGAUGUAAAUGAACAUGACGCUGGAUCGUUCCAGUGUAGAGCUUCGAAUGCUUUGGGAUCAACUUUAGGAAAAGUAAUUGUUCUAAGUGUCCCUGAGAUUCAAAUACAACGAGAAGAAAGGACAGAAACAAACACUUUACAUUUUACAGCAUCCAUUGAAUCAUUUCCGGCGGCCUUUUCUGUCCACUGGAGUAAGAAAAACAAAGAUAAAGAUGAAUAUACGCCAAUAGAUGUCAAUGAAGAGGAAUGUAGAGGAACUUCGAACUCUCUCCCACAUCCUCUGCUGGUUACCACACAAAGGAACUUGAUUUGCAAAAGUUUCAAAAUAGAGGCACGAAAUUUCAUUGGAGCCAGUACAAAAUAUAUCCCAGAUGACAGUUCUUCUCCAAGCUGUAAUAUGAGUGAUAAUAAAGAAAAUAGACUGAAUGAUAUCUACAAGAAGAAAGGCUCUACAAUAAGAUUUAAUAACCUGCACAAUGUUCUCAUUAGGGAGAUACCUGAAGAAAGAUUGAAGUCAUUAAAAAGGUCCUUAAAAGUGGUUUCAUCGAGGGACGUAUCUGUCGAAAAUAUAGCGACUGUUGAAGAUUUCUUCACAACUCUUUACGACGAGGGAAUAUUUAAAGAACAAGACGUAAUUAUGAUGCAGUACCUAUUGAGAAACAUUGAACGCCCAGAUCUGGAAUUAAAAUGUGUGGAAUACGCAAGGAAUAACAAACAAUGUUACUUUGAAGAAUCAAAACCGGCUGAAACAGGAUUUAAACACGUUCAGCUGCACGUGGAAAAAGACUUUAAAAAUUUCACUGACAUGGAAAUGGACAACAUAGUAGAUACAGUAGCAGCUAUAGUUGGCUGCGACAAAAGUUGUAUAGAAUUGGUUAGUGUGCGUCCAAACAGGAGUUUCAUAAUCGUACUCUCAAUGAAAGCAAAGUUUGCUCGAAUACUUGAACAAAAGGGUUCUUUCGGACUUACUAGAUUAUUGACGUACAAUGUGGACUGGAUUAAAGUUGGAAACAACACUAUUAACAUUGCACGGGAGACGCAUCAAAAGCAUGCUUUGGUAGACUCUACUUACAUGUCUAAAGAGGAGACGAUAAAUGCCUGUAGAGCGUGUCGACUUCUCCUUGGUCCGUGUACUGAUCAACUUAGGGAUGUUUUACGUCAUCACGUUCCCCCACAACACAUUGCACGAGAGAUAACCAAUCUCCCUCGUCUGUCGGCACCACAGAUGAAUCUUAUUUUACCUAGUGGCAGCAGUUACACUGGAAACUAUGAUGACAUGGACAUUCCAUUAUUGUACAUACUACUUAGAAACAUUUGCAGUAUACCACCACACAGCAAUGGCUGGGGAAAUGAUCCAGACCCUACAGACCGAUCUCUCUCUGCCAACAUUGAGAGGAUCCGUAUUGCCAGAAAUCAAUGUGUUCAUUCUUCUACUCCCGCCCUAUCUAAUGCUGAUUUCUACACAGUCUGGGCUAUUGCCAGGUCAGCAGUGGUGGACCUUGAUACUUUCCUUAGCAACGGAAAAAAGUUUGAAAAAGAGGUGGACUUUCUGAGAUAUGAGACAAUAGAUCCUGUCCGAGAUUAUAAAGAAGAACUGAGAAAACAAUCUGAAGAAGACGUAAAAACUUGGGAAAUAACCCAAGGCUUGAAACGUAAAUAUGCUUAUUAA